AUGAGCCUGACAGACAUGGUACGCCAAGGCAUUUCGAUGCAGACGGCACAGGGCAAAAUGAGCCAAACCGUCGUCUUCAUUCGCGUCCGCUGGAGGUGGCUCAUCCUCCCCCUAGCCGUCCAUUUCCUGGGAGCCAUUGCCCUCGUCGGAACCAUAAUCGGAAGAUCCAGGGACGUGCCAUUAUGGAAGGGCUCAGCUCUGGCAGUGCUAUAUCACUCUGUUGACAAGGAUGGAGUUUUAGGAACUCAGGUGAAAAACCCAGAGGAGCUGGACAAGGUCAAGAGCAUACAAGUUAUGCUGGAAAAGAAAGAGUAA